GGUAAGUUAAACAGUUAAAAGACAUGCUAAAAGUCUUGGGUAUCUACCUCUGCAACCCUCUUGGGAGGAUACUGCUAGAUUACAGUAUUUCUUAAAAGAGUAAAGUGAUGACUUGUAUUGAUUUUCAUUAUUUCUCCUUUUUGGCCCUUGACUGGAGCCUUCAAAAGAGGCCUUUGUGAUAUUCAGCCUAGUAAACCUCUUUGAAUUUGUGACUUGCCAAAUACUGGAUAACAUCAGGUUUUUUCGGCUAAAUGGACAGGUGGAUUCAGCUUGAAUUUUGCUGCAGUCCCACCUAUGUUUUGUGAUGUCAUAGCAUGGAAGAGAUGGAGUUUGCUGUAUCAAAUAGAAGGUGGAGAAGCAAGGCCUGUUCCAAGUGGCAGCAUAGGGUGCUUCAAUCUGUGGAAUGUCUUCAGUUUGAAGACAAAACGGAUACAGUGUUUAGUAACACAGAAAAAGAAGGUACAAACAUUAUAGAUUCUGAGAUGUCUGAGAAGACAGUCCACAACCUCAGUCCUGCUUUUGACAGCAUCCCUUACAGAAUGCAGAGCCGGACAGGAUCCACAAACUCUUUGCUGGAUGACAGUGAUUAUUUCCUGAACUCAGGAGACCUUGCAGGAAUCCCUGUGGUUGGGAGUGACAACGAAGAAGAGCAGACUUUUGCUCCAAAGGAUGGUCUCUCUUCUGCCCUUCGCUCUGAAGAUAGCCGGGGAGAUGGGAGGAGGGCCCGGGAUCAUGUGGUGGACAAUGAAAAAGACACCCAAAUGCAAAACAUGAUCCAGAAGGAUCUCUCUCCCCCUUUUGACAAGGGACCCUCUGUCUUUAAAUCCCUGAGGAAAGACUUUAGCAUCGCAAGAGAUGAUAGCAAAGACACAUUUUUGACAAAGGAGAAAACCAGAGAAGGAUCUUUCCAAGAACGUGACAAACGUUUGGAAAAAAUGCCGAAAGAGCUGGAUUCCAGAUUGAAAAGCAGUUUGCUCGAUAAAUCAGUUGUGAAUCAAGUAGAUGAAACGUUGCGGACACAUUUAGCACCGCAAACACCAGAAACUAACUUCAGGGAAUCUAACUACCUGUUUGCUAAUAAGGACUCUGUUGGCCAAGAGCACGGGAACUCCUAUGCGUCCAAUAUUAGAAUCAAAGAAGAGCCUUUGGAUAAUGACUACGAUAAAGCUAUGGCACCUCAGCCGGGGCUACUCAAUAAAAUUAAGGAUGAACCAGACAGUACUGAGGAUUAUGGCCAGCAGCCAAAAACUCAGGAAGGGGAACUGAAAAUCAGUGCUGUGUUUUCUGUCAGUGGCAGCCCUCUCGCUCCGCAGCUGACCUCAGGUUUCCCACCUAACACGCCAUCCUCUGGCAUGAACAAGCUACUUCCUUCGGUCCCAAGUACAGCCGUUCGGGUUUCCUGUUCGGGAUGCAAGAAGAUCCUGCAGAAGGGGCAGACGGCGUAUCAAAGAAAGGGCUCGACUCAGCUCUUCUGUUCCACACUGUGCCUCACGGGAUACACUGUACCAGCUGCCCGACCGCAACCUUUCACCAAGAAAACCUGUUCCAGCUGCUCAAAGGACAUCCUGCAUCCAAAAGAUGUGAUUACAGCUCAGUUUGACAAUACAAAUUCCAGCAAGGAUUUCUGUAGCCAGUCCUGUCUUUCCGUGUAUGAGUUGAAAAGGAAGCCUGUGGUCACCAUCCAUACAAACAGUAUCUCCACCAAAUGCAGCAUGUGCCAGAAGAAUGCAGUGAUUCGGCAUGAAGUGAAUUACCAGAAUGUUGUACACAAGCUUUGCAGCGAUGCCUGCUUCUCCAAGUUUCGUUCCGCAAACAACCUGACCAUGAACUGCUGUGAAAACUGUGGAGGCUACUGCUACAGUGCUUCGGGACAGUGUCACAUGCUUCAGAUAGAGGGGCAGUCCAAAAAGUUUUGCAGCUCAACAUGUGUCACUGCCUACAAGCAGAAGUCUGCAAAAAUUACCCCCUGCGCAAUGUGCAAAUCUCUGAGAUCUUCUGCGGAGAUGAUUGAAAGCACAAAUAACGUGGGGAAAACAGAGCUCUUUUGUUCCGUGAAUUGCUUGUCGGCACACAGAGUCAAAGUGGUCACAUCGUCAGGUGUCCAGGUCCAGUGUAAUAGCUGCAAAACCUCUGCCAUCCCUCAGUAUCAUCUUGCAAUGUCAGAUGGAAGCAUACGUAAUUUUUGCAGCUACAGCUGUGUGGUGGCUUUUCAGAAUUUGUUCAAUAAGCCCUCGGGAAUGAAUUCCUCCGUGGUGCCCUUGUCGCAGGGCCAAGUGAUUGUCAGCAUUCCCUCAGGAGCGACGGUUUCUGCGGCGGGCAAUACUACCUCAACAGUCUCUCCCAGCUCGGUCAGCAGCUCAGCCGCCGCCGGCCUCCAGAGGCUGGCUGCCCAGUCCCAGCAAGUCUCCCGCACCGUCGCCAAGCUCAGGUGUCAACACUGUAAUCGUCUCUUUGCAACGAAGCCCGAAGUGCUCGACUACAGGGGCAAAAUGUUCCAGUUUUGCGGCAAGACCUGUUGUGACGAAUACAAAAAGAUAAACUGUGUCAUGUCAAUGUGUGAAUACUGCAAAAUUGACAAGAUCGUUAAAGAAACGGUGCGAUUUUCAGGCAUUGAUAAAACAUUCUGUAGUGAAGGCUGCAAGUUGCUUUACAAGCAUGACUUAGCCAAACGUUGGGGAAAUCACUGUAAAAUGUGCAGCUACUGUUUGCAAACCUCUCCAAAACUGGUGCAGAAUCACUUUGGAGGCAAAGUGGAGGAAUUCUGCUCGGAAGAUUGCAUGUCAAAGUUCACAGUUUUGUUUUAUCAAAUGUCCAAAUGUGAUGGGUGCAAAAGGCAGGGAAAACUCAGCGAGUCCCUGAAGUGGCGGGGUGAAAUCAAACAUUUUUGCAACUUGCUUUGCAUUUUGAUGUUUUGCAACCAGCAGUGUGCAUCAGAUCCUCCACCACCACCGCCUCCUCCGCCUCCACCACCCCCUCCAAAUAAUGCAGGCAAGUACCCAGACAGAUGCUUUGAAGCUCCCGCCCUCACAGCCACCCCGGCUCCUCAAGAACAAAGCCUUGCUGUGCAAGCCUAUAACCCAGACCAAGGCUACUUCUUGCAAGCCUCAUACGCAGCAUAAGGAAUGCCAAACCGAAGAAGAAAAGGAAGCUCCACCCAAAAUCAUUAUGGUGCCUGUUCCUGUACCAGUGUUUGUGCCAAUCCCACUUCAUCUCUUCUCCCAGUACACACCAGUCCCUCUGGGAAUGCCAGUUCCGGUCCCGGUUCCUAUGUUUGUGCCCCCUGCCCCAGAGAGCACUGAGAAAACAAGAGAAGCCAUUCCAGACGUCAAAAAGAACUCGGCUAGUCCUUUUGAGGCCGAUCUUCUCCAGAUGGCAGAAAUGGUUGCCGAAGAUAAAGAUAAGGAACACUCUCAAGGAGGCUCUCAAACAUCUGAGCAUGAGCUGUUUCUGGACCCCAAAAUAUUUGAAAAAGACCAGGGCAGCACAUACAGCGGGGACCUGGAAUCGGAAGCAGUGUCAACUCCCCAUAGCUGGGAGGAAGAGCUGAAUCACUAUGCAUUACGCUCCAAUGCGGUGCCUGAGCCUGAGCCCGAACCAAAACAGUUCCCCAAAGGCGAAUUGGAGCAGGACCUGGAGGCUGACUUCCCAUCAGAUUCCUUUGACCCAAUCAGCAAAGGGCUAGGUCUCCAUUCACGGGCACGAGCAAGGCGGAGACAUAGAGAUGGUUUCCCACAACCAAAAAGACGGGGCAGAAAGAAGUCCAUUGUUGCUGUGGAGCCUCGAAUCCUGGUUCAGAGUUCCUAUCCAGGCUGUUCUGUUUCCGGGAUGAGUCUCAAAUACAUGUAUGGGGUGAAUGCCUGGAAGAACUGGGUCCAGUGGAAGAACACACAGGAAGAUCAAGGAGACGUGAAAUUUGGAGUUCGAUCUGUGAAGCUCAAAGAGGACAUCCUCUCGUGUUCUUUUUCGGAGUUGAGUUUCGGCUUGUGCCAGUUCAUCCAGGAGGUGCGGCGACCAAAUGGCGAAAAGUAUGACCCCGACAGCAUCUUAUACCUGUGCCUUGGAAUUCAGCAGUACUUAUUUGAGAACGGUAGAAUAGAUAACAUUUUUACUGAGCCCUACUCCAGAUUUAUGAUUGAACUUACAAAACUGUUGAAAAUCUGGGAGCCUACAAUACUUCCAAACGGUUACAUGUUUUCAAGGAUCGAAGAGGAGCACUUAUGGGAGUGUAAGCAGCUGGGUGCCUAUUCCCCCAUUGUGCUGUUGAACACGCUGCUUUUUUUUAACACCAAAUACUUCCAGCUCAAGAAUGUCACCGAGCACAUGAAGUUGUCCUUUGCCCACGUCAUGCGACGCACCCGGACUCUGAAAUAUAACACAAAGCUGACUUACUUACGCUUCUUCCCACCUUUCCAAAAGCAGGACGGAGAACCAGAUAAAAUAGUGGGCAAAAGGAAACGUCACGAUGGCGAAGAAACCGUAGAAAUGGUUGAGAACACGGACAAUCCUUUGAGGUGCCCAGUUCGGCUCUAUGAAUUCUACUUGUCAAAGUGUUCUGAAAGCGUGAAGCAGAGGAGUGACGUCUUUUACCUCCAGCCAGAACGUUCAUGCGUUCCCAAUAGCCCAAUGUGGUAUUCCACUAUGCCAAUAGAUCCUGGGACUUUGGACAUCAUGCUAACGCGCAUCCUCAUGGUAAGGGAAGUGCACGAAGAACUUGCCAAAGUUAAACCGGAGGACUCGGAUCCGGAGCUUUCGGACUAAACUUGGGCGAAGGGGAGGUUCCCUCUUUUGUUUGUUUGUUUGUUUUGGUUUUGUUUCCUUCCCUUUCCAUGGUAUCUUGCAAAAAAGCACCGAACUGAGAUUGCACCUGGCCUUCAGAAAAAUCACUCAUGUCUCACACACACACACACACACACACACACACAUAGACACACACAAACACAAAACAAACCCUCCGAAGGCACAGCGGAAGCUGCAAAAGGUUGCAAAAUGAGACUCGAAGGAUGGAAAACGGCAGACGACGCAGGAACACUGGAGAACUUUCAGUGGCUGCAAAUGCUCGUGAAAAUGCUCGAAGAAAAGAUGAACUGGAGACCUGUCUCUUCCCCUCUCCCUGCCUCCCAAGUGGUGCUUGUUAGUGGAAUAAAAAAAACAAUUAUGGAUGUGUUUUCUUGAAAAAGGAAAGCAGUGGUGUACAUCCUUCCCUCCUAACCAUGAAAGCAAAGGAAGCUAGAUUUAGACGCACACCCCAGGGUGAUUUUGCAGUGUAGCUGCCACCCACCCAUGCAUGGGGUGGGUGGGUAUUGCCUAACACUUGCUAUAGGACACCAAGCAGAACGUAGUGAGACGGACGCCUAUGGGAAUGCCAUCUGUAACAUACACGCCAGGUCCCUUCCUUGCCCUCUCCCCUUUUAUAAUUUUCAAAGGGGGUGGGGGGGGGGGCUUUUUAGGAAAAAAAUGUUGGGUUGUUCAAAAAGACUUGGCCAGAAGCUGAGGCAAAGAAGGGGAAACUUGGUGGGCUGCCAUCAUGUUUUCUGACUUUUGAAAAACGCUGGCUGCAGGAGCAAAUCAAGUUUAGCCAGGCCACCUCAGCCAUGGUUUUAUGAGGAAACGACUCAUUUCUGAAUGAACUCGCGCACACAUACUCAGCCGCCCCAUGCAGACAAAUAGGAUUUGGUCUUCAGCCCUCCAAAACCACUUGACUGCUUUCUUAAGAGCAAGAUAUGCAAAAGUGGUCCCUGAGAAAUUGUAUCCCACCUCCCUGGGUUUUUUCCUUCUUCUUUAACUGGCCUAGGCAGUCACUAUUCACGCAUUUAUAAAUUACUUUUACAAAAUCCAGUCGAGUUGGAAUGCCGGGGGCCUUCCAGAUGUUUUGUUCUUUGCAUUAUCCCACUCACUGGUUGAUUUAAACAAGGUAUUGUUAAUCCUCAGCAUGAUUUGUGUACCGUCGCUUUUCAUUAAAAAAAAAAAGGCAUAGAAAUCAGAUUCCAAAUGUGAAAGAGAAUUUGGGUGGCUUGGCUUUGCCUCUUCCCCGCUCCCUUCCUCUGGGUAGGAAAAAAAAUCCCCUUUAUCAAAACGCGGGGUGCGUAGGCUUAGCCAAGUCCAUUUUUUCACCACCUUCCUCAAGCCGAAGAUGUUUUUUCCCCCCUCCGUCUCCAAAAGAUCGCUUUGAAAAUCGAAACUAUUUUUUAAAAGAAAAAAAAAUCCAGGAAAAAAAGUGUACAUUUUUAUUAGCGGUUUUGUCCAUUCACCAAAUUUCUAAAGAGUUCUUUAAAAAAAAAAAAAAAGCAAAAGAAACAACCCUGUUGGUCUCUCCAGCAUUGAACAAAGCCUUUUGUGUAUGUAUGUGUGUGUGUGUGCGCGUGUGUGUUUGGGGUAUUCUUUUUAACAGUAACAAAGGUUAACAAUAAAAUCAGAAAGUAGUCUUCUCUU